GCGUCGUCCGAUAUUAUGCAAGGACUCUGCUCCGACGACGCCGUCCGCCUCGACCUGCCGCCCCCGCCGCCGCCUCCUCCUCCGCCUCCGCCCGCCGCCUCGUCCCUCUCCAUCGACGAGGCCGAGUCGGCGGAGACCCGGAUCCAGCGCCUCAUCUCGGAGCACCCCGUCAUCAUCUUCAGCCGCUCCUCCUGCUGCAUGUGCCACGUCAUGAGGAAUCUCCUCGCCUCCAUCGGCGUCAACCCCACCGUCAUCAACCUCGACGACGACGAGAUCGCCGCCAUCCCACCGCCCGACGCGCCCGGCGCCGCCCCCCCGCUCCCCGCCGUCUUCAUCGGCGGGUCCUGCGUCGGCGGCCUCGAGUCCCUCGUCGCCCUCCACCUCAGCGGCCACCUCGUGCCCAAGCUCGCCGAGGUCGGCGUGCUCUAGCCUCGUAGCUUUGCAAAACGUGGGGGUCAAGUUCCGACCCGGUACGAGAUUUCAUCUAAUGGAUCGAAGUCGAUAUUCAUAUGUUAGGAUGCAAGAAAAAGAAUGAUAUGGUUUGGAUUAUUAGGUCAAAAGCAGGAUAUUUGUAUUGGUUGUAGCUUGCCGUAGCUUUGAUUCGAUGGUCAAAACUGUAAGUUGCAGUAGAAGUAGCAGCAGCAGCAGAAGCAGCAGCGGAAGAAGGAGAAGAAGAAGAAGAAUCUGAGCACACGUGUACGGUGCACGUGUAUGAGAUAUUAUCUUUAUCACCAAUGAUAUGAUUAUUUAUUGUCUUGUGAUGAAUUUGGUGUAUUUGGAAUUUUGAUUGGAACGAUAAUCAAAUCGUUCCCAAUUCCUAAGCAUGUGAUUUGAACUUGAA